GUGAUAUAUAUAUACAUAUAUGUUUUUGUAUAUAUGAUAUAUAUUACAAUGUGCAGCAUAAGAAUGAAUUGAUAGCAGCAAAAAGUAAAAAGAAGUGAAGAAGUAGUGAUGGGGGAUCAUAGCUUUCUUGUGAUUUUUUCAUCCUUGUUGGUUCUCAUAAUUUGUGCAGACACAAGCUUAGCUCAACUUACUCCAGGUUUCUACAGAAAGACAUGCCCCAAUGUGGAACGCUUGGUUCGUUCUGCUGUGGAGUUGAAGUUUCAGCAGACCUUUGUGACUGCUCCUGCUACUCUCAGACUCUUCUUCCAUGAUUGCUUUGUGAGGGGUUGUGAUGCUUCCAUUUUGCUUGCAUCUCCAAAUAAUAAGGCAGAGAAAGAUCACCCUGAUGACAUUUCUCUAGCUGGGGAUGGUUUUGACACAGUGGCUAAAGCCAAGGCAGCUGUUGACAGUGUCCCUCAGUGCAGAAACAAAGUCUCUUGUGCUGAUAUACUUGCUCUGGCUACCAGAGAUGUCGUAAAUUUGGCUGGGGGACCAUUUUAUAGAGUUGAAUUGGGAAGGCGUGAUGGGAGAAUAUCUACUAUUGCCAGUGUUCAACGUCGUCUUCCUCAUCCUCAUUUCAAUUUAGAUCAGCUAAAUUCCAUGUUUUCUUCCAAUGGCCUCACCCAAACAGAUAUGAUUGCCUUAUCAGGUGCACAUACUAUUGGAUUCUCUCACUGUGGUCACUUCUCAAAACGGAUCUACAAUUUCAGUCCCAGAAAACCAAUCGACCCAACAUUAAACUUACAAUAUGCCUUAAAACUUAGAGAGGCAUGCCCUCUGAGAGUUGAUUCUAGAAUUGCCAUAAACAUGGACCCUAUGACACCCCAAAAGUUUGAUAACCAAUACUUCAAGAAUCUGCAGCAAGGAAAGGGUCUAUUCAGUUCUGAUCAGGUCCUGGCUACAGAUGAAAGAUCAAAGGGCACAAUCAACUUAUUUGCAUCAAGUCAACUAGCUUUUAACAAUGCUUUUGUUCAAGCUAUCACUAAGAUGGGAAGAAUAGGUGUCAAGACAGGAAGACAAGGGGAAAUAAGGUCUGAUUGUUUCAGGGUUAACUGAGAAACUGAAAUCAUGACAUGCUCUCUACAAAAAUGUUUGUAAGAUGAUUCUAUCAUACUCAAGUUCUGAAAAAGUGAGACUAGUGUAAUAAAUGUUGAUUCUAUUGUAGUAAACUAAAGCAACUGCUUUAACUGACGUGUGUCAGUUAUACUGUGCCCUAUGCACCGCUUAUAUACUCUCUUACUACUCUUACCUUUUUGAAUAUAUGUUUUUACAUUUUCCCUUUUAUUCUCUGCUCUAU